ACCGACGCGUGGCGCAGGAGGGAAAAUAACACUCUGCGCCAGUUGCAAACUAGCAACGACACAUGCGCCAGUGAGAAAGUCAAUUGCGCCGGAUGCAAGGUAGAGCCAUUGUGUGAAUCAAUGUCUUUCUGAGCAGUUGGGUUGAGGGUUAUUUUAUGUAACUGACGAUGUUAUUUAAAAGGAAUGGACGACAUUUACUCUUCUUUGGGACGGAUUAGGAAAAAAAAACAUUGUAAAAGGUUACAAAGCGUAUAACCAUGGGUUUCAUAGACGCACAGUAAGUGAGGCGAACACAACAAUCAUGGGGUACAGAUGACGUGAGACUAAUAUGAAUCAGGGCAUUUACGUUUACGAAAAGUAGGAGAUAAUGUAGUCUACCAUAAAUAUAGCCCUACAGGAAGUUAUCUAAUGAGGUGACCUGGGUUCUCUUUAAUAUGAAAGAGGGCAUAUGGGGGAUGCUUUCAAUUUCCCAAAAAAAUCAUGAAAAAAUUCACCAUUUAAACAUUUUGGAAAUAAAAGACAUUGCAAUGAAUUCAUGCAGUCAUUGGAAAGAGAUUGGAACUGGGCGAUCAGACCAAGGGGUGCCCUGGGAUCACUAUGUUAUCUUAAAUUAUGGUUCAUUAACUGUCAUUUAACAAAUAAUUGUACAAAUGGUAAUGCAUGCAUGCAUCUUUAAAUCCAUGAGCAUUUUAUUGUUUAUGGAAAAAAGGGAAAAAUUUGUCCAAAACAUUUCUUAUUAUUUUCUGUAUAGUGUUCCCCUAGGAACUGACCUCGGAGUACGUGGAGAUAACUGCUCAACGGGCUAAUUACCCACAGAUCAGGGCUGAACUGGAGAAACACUGAAUCUAAUAUUUUGGACUGAGAUGGAUUUUGUAUCAACACACAAAAUAAUACUCUGUUUAAGCAUCUAUGACUCACUACAGCCAACCAGUAGCAGGACUCACUACAACAGGACUCACUACAGGAGGACUCACUAUGGCAGGAUUCAGUACAGCAGGGCUCACUACGGCAGGACUCACUAUGGCUGGACUCACCACAGGACUCACUACAUGAGGACUCACUACAGCAGGACUUACUACAGCAGGACUCGGUACAGCAGGACUCGGUACAGCAGCGCUCACUACAGGAGGACUCAGUACAGCAGGACUCAGUACAGCAGGACUCAGUACAGCAGGACUCACUACACCAGGACUCACUACAGCAGGACUCACUAGAACAGGAUUCACUACAGCAGGACUCACUACAGCAGGACUCACUACAGCAGGACUCAUAAAAGGACUCACUAUACAGGAUUUACUACAGCAGGACUCACUACAGCAGGACUUCCUAAAGCCGACCAGCAGCAUUGCUUGAAAAAGCUUCACCAAAGAAUUGUACUGACUUUCAGAAUGAAACCAAACUAUGGUUAUGGUUUUGUUCGUCGCAUGUUAAUUAGUAAGAACUAAGAAUAAGUUAUAAUCAAUGUAAUUGUUUUACAUAGCAGACGUUCUAUACUCAUUUUAAAACGCAAGACACCCUUUGGGGAAAUAUUUUCCAGCUUUUCUCUCCCUUCAGACAGUAACUAUGCUCACUAAAUACAACACAGGCCAUUUCAUCUCUGUGAAUUUAUCGAUUUGAACUCAUCUUAGAUUGCACUGUGAAUACAAAUUAAUCUGGUGACUAAAUAUUCUUUCUUUUUAGAUCAGCAUUCAUAGGAAUGCAACCACACAUUUGCCAAAUAUGUGGUUGAGAAGAGAUGCUGCAAAUCCAAUUUCCUGCUUUCAACAAGCCAUGUUCUCUAAUGUUUUUCAGUUCAAGUGACAGCAGUAUUGGGUCUGAUCAAAGUAACUCUUCAUUUGGUGCAGUUUAGUCUCCUCUCUCAAGGAGAAUAUUAAACACAAUAACCAAUAACCGACAUUGAGGUUGAAUAGCCUGGGCGUGCAUGGAUCAUAAAUAAGUGGUCACAUAGAGACAAUCGCUAUGAGUGGAAGUUUCUGAACUUCUGUAUUUAAGUACACCUUUGUCUAAGAACUCAUUAAUGCAACACUGUUCAUUGUUCAUUUAGAACAAACCCUGCUUGUUAGCUGCGGAAAACCACUUACUGCUCUCGGAGAUGAGGUUCACAAGAUGCAUCACGAUGAUCCAGUUGGAAAUGCUGCUGAAUGUCAUCUUUGUUUCGGGUGGUGAGGGAUCCUGCCAUGCAGCCCUUCAUGCAUCUAUGCCAAACAAGAUGGAGGCAUUGAGCGACACUUAUUUGCAAAUUCCAUGUUCAUUUGAUUCAGUACCAUCAAAUCAAUUCGAUAAAAACAAACCAAUUUUGGGUGCAUGGUUCAAAUCGAACACCAGUGUUAAAAAUCUGGUUUUCCACAGCAACAUACAAGAUAAUAUAUAUCCAAUUAGUAUCAUUGGGAAUAUGAGGGAAUACAACUGCACAACUGUUUUUGCAAACAUGAACUCAAGUUAUGCUGGCGUGUAUUACUUCAGAGUGGAAAGCACCAGUUACAGGGCAACUGACUUCUGCAGUCCUCUUAACAUCACAGUUAAAGAUUCAGCCCCAGCACCCUCCAUACGGACCCUCCUGGAGGGACCACUAACGGAGGGGAGCAGGGUAACAUUCACCUGCAGGGCCAUCGCACCCUGUCCCACCCAGCCGCCUCACCUGAGCUGGAGCCAGUCAGGAGGCCCUGACGGCCGGCCGGAACCACACGGAGACCAAGAGCCUAACGUCAGGACCCGGCGGCUGGAUAUCACUCUGUCGGACACAUGACGGGGUCCGCCUCACCUGUCUGGCAGAGUAUCCGGUAAACGACCCAGCAGGCGGGCCAGCAUCAGAACAGCAGAGAGCGUUGUGACGCUCAACGUUUUCUAUUCCCCGAAGGAUACCCAGGCCUCCGUCAGCCCCCCCACGGUGUCGCUGGGCAGUGUGGUCAACCUGACGUGCACCAGCAGAGCCAACCCCCCCGUUCUCCGGUUCACCUGGCUCAGGAGCAGUGCGGAGGGACCCCUGAACGUGUCAGAUGGAUCUUUGUACAGCUUCAAUGUGUCCAGCUACAGAGACAUCUACUACUGCGUGGCCACGAAUCCCUUGGGAAACCAAACAUCAAAAGAGAUUAAGCUAACUAUCAGCGGUGAAAGCGGAUUGAAUGUCCCUCUGAUAGUGGUUACAGAAGAAGCCUUCAACUCGGCAACAGAAUCCAAAAUGCGAGGCGUCAGACAAGAAGGUGGAAGAGUAGAUCCACUGCGUAGAGAUCGACUUUGCCAAGCGAGGUGCUGUGCAGAACCCAGGUCUGCAGUGUAAAAAAGAACUGUAAAAAAAACGGAAGAUGUCUGACAGCAAAGUCUUCAGACGGAUAGUGUCAAAUUACAGUGAAUAAGAAGAGUACCAAAUGUAAUAAACUGUAAAAUACAGAGCAGGUUUAACAGUAAAAUUUAAAUAAAUAACAGUAUAUUCAUGUUGAUAAAUGGUCCAUAUUCAAACUGAUAUGAUACAUGUAAAAACGUGUAUGAUGUAAAAAUGUAUUAUUCGUUACUUCAUGAAACUGCCCAGUCUACCUACAGUAAUCUUCUAUUUUUUUUUUCAUGUAAAAUAAUUAAUAAAUGAUGAAUUAAAACGCAAUAAAAACGUCCGAAAAGUG